CACACAGUGGCAGGCAAGCAUCAGCAUAGGAGAAAGUUGACGGGUGCCAGAGGCAGCUCAUUCAUUUCCACAGUAGAGGACGUGUGUUAUGCUGCCCCAAGCUCUGUACACUCACACUCCUUUAACUUUACCCCGCCAGCCUCUGGACUUUCCUUUAUUUUAGCACCAUGGAGCCGCUGUGGACGAACACCAGCGCUCCGGUACGGCAUGCAAAUACGUACUCUGACGUCGGCGAUCAUGUGGCUUUUGGCGUAGAUCCUCCUUGUGAUCGCCAAUUUUUCCUUUCCUGUCGCCUGUUGUCUGCACGGUUUCUGGGCCGCCGUGAGAGAGUGUAGUGAAGACUCGGGCUGGUUUUUGUCGCUCGGUCGGCGACGGCUUUGGGAUUGUACCACACUACCUGAGCAUCGCGCCAAAACGGCGGGCAGGUAGCAUUGUGUCAUGCAGCUCCAGGAGGCUUGUGAGCACUGGAGCUGACACUGUCAGCGAUCCCGGCCUACUUCACUCCACAACAGUCCCAUCUCCAGUAGACUUUCACGUUCCACUGCCCUCCUGUCCCUCCAGCUAAUAUUUCAUCCCAGGGGUAGACACCCUCUCCUCCGAUUCGACUCUGUGGCUGCUCCGUCUGAGCCCACAAACUCUACUGUUGGCUACACGUCUCCACCUUUAUAGUCCUGCAUCCUGGGCACCUCAGCCACAGACUCUUUCAACAUCCCUGGCCAAGCAUCGGCAGAGGGCAGCUUUCCUAAAAGACAAACCUCGUAUCUACCAUCACCAUGUCCAGUCGACGGAAGGCUUCCACUCCCUGUAUGAUCCGACCAGAGCAGACCAUGGUGGAGAUGGAUGAUGAGGAAGAGGAAUCACACAAUAUGGAGACAACAAAAGAGAACCACAUUGAGGAGGGGCCCAUGGAGGCAGAUCUCUCAACAGGAACAGAUUCACCCAUGGAUCUGGAUUCAAUGGGAAAUGUCUCAGAUCCCCCCAAAGCUCAAAAGAAACCUGCAACAGAGGUCCGAGAACUUCCCAAGCCUCCGCAUAGGCAGCAGGGGGGCUAUGAGUGCAAAUACUGCCCCUUCUCCACACAGAACCUCAACACUUUUAAAGAACAUGUAGACGCCAACCAUCCUAACGUCAUCCUCAACCCCCUGUACCUGUGCGCAGUCUGCAACUUCAACACAAAAAAGUUCGACACCCUGACCGAACAUAAUGAGAGAUGUCACCCAGGGGAGAGCAACUUUAAAUUCAAACGCAUCAAAAUGAACAAUCAGACAAUCUUAGAGCAGACAAUAGAGGGCUGCAGUAACAAUGCGGUCAUUUACAACACUUCCAGUGCCACUGCUGGCAAAGGGGACGAACUUGGCACACAGCCAAUUAGCAGAUCCACCACAGUGAAGGUCGGUAAACCAAAAAUAAUGUCAUCGGAUAAUAAAAGGACAGAGGCUCAUUUGGGCAAAUUGACUGCUGAUCUGGCCAAGAAACCGAUCACGGCGCUUAAUGUCAAUGGGACUGUCAUCAUCCCAGAGUCGACGCUCCUCAAAGCAGACGGCCUUUCUCACAUUAUGCCUUCUCUACAGCGACCUCUAAACUAUACACAGGUGCCGAAGAUCGCAGUCCCCCUCAACACAACCAAAUACAAUCCUUCCCUGGAUGACAACCUGACGCUCAUCUCCUCCUUCAACAAGUUCCCCUACCCAACGCAGGCUGAGCUCUCCUGGCUCACUGCAGCAUCAAAACAUCCAGAGGAGCAAAUCAAAGUGUGGUUCACCACACAGAGGCUCAAACAGGGAAUUAGCUGGUCACCUGAGGAGGUGGAAGAAGCCAGGAAGAAAAUGUUUAACGGCACAAUCUCCUCUGUGCCUCAAACGUUCACCGUGGUCACUCCUCAGCUCAACUCCCACUCGUCCGCCAACAUGACUGCCAUCUCUGCAGCCUCCAAACCUGUGCAGGCAGGAGCCCCUGUCCUGCAGUCCCUCCCCUGUCACCUGCUGGGACAAAGCAGCCUGGUGCUCACUCCUGUAGCCAAUGGCUCCACUGUCACCUGUGCACCACUGGCACUGACGGUGACUAACCAGGUGGUGCAGUCACUCAAACGACCACUGACCACCCCUCUGAUCACCACGGAGAGUAAACGACCUUCCAUCAUUCAAACCAUUUCAGCGCCCAUGACCACAUCCAAGCUGGUGUCAACUAAAUUGCUAAAUUUUACAGUUGAUCCUAAUAAAACAGCAGAGCAGCUCUCAGUCCUGAGGUCCAGCUACACACAUUGUCCUUUCCCUGAGGAAGAUGAGAUCUACAGGCUGAUAGAGACGACUGGGCUGUCCAGAGGAGAGAUAAAGAAGUGGUUCAGUGAACAGCGGCUCCUUAAUCUCAAAGGUGUCCCACAGCCACCAGUGCUGGUGAAAUCAGAGGUGACACCAGCACCUAAAGAUCCUGUGAAGAAAGUGGUCCCCAGCCAUUUUCCCCUGCUGGAGAGAGUGAAGGGAAAGACGUCAGAGCAGCUGAAGGCACUGGAGGAGAGUUUCCAGAGAAGCAGCUCUCCAACUGAGGCAGAACUCGAUCAGCUGGCCCAGGAUACCAGGUUGUCCAAGACAGAGGUGGACUGCUGGUUUUCAGAGCGCAGGGCACUGCGGGACAACAUGGAGAAGACUUUACUCAGCAUGACCUCAAAAAACACAGAGGACAGACAAGAGCAGCCCGGGGCGUUGCUGAACGGGGCCUCUCAUCGAGAGCAGGAUGCAAAACCUCUCCACUCUUCUCCUCACCCACCUGUCCUCUCUUCUUCUUCGUCGUCCUCUUCCUCCCCUCCUGUGCUGGCAGCCUCCUCCCCUCACCCCCCAACCCUCUCCUCUGCAGCAUCGCCUCCCAUCCUCAAUUCAUCCUCCUCCUCAUCUCCUCAUCCUCCCAUCCUGUCGGUCUCCACGAGCCCUGCUCCGAUCACCAGCCGCUCCCUCACCCUGCUCAAAGAGAUGUUCUGUCGGACCCAGUGGCCGUCUCCCGAGGAGUAUAGCCAGCUCGAGGUCCAAACAAGCUUGGGACGCACUGACAUUGUUCGUUGGUUCAAGGACCACCGCUUGGCACUGAAAAGCGGUGAAACCUUGGACUGGAUGGAAUGUUUCCAAAGUCAGAACUUGACUGAGCAGCAGGCAGCGAGUCAGGACCAGAACAGGAGUGUUUCCUCGGAAGUCAAGACUGUGACGGUGGAGGAGGCUGGAGAGAACACAGCUGCUACAGAGCCUUCCAAGCUGUCCGAACAAGACAAAAUACAGUGGUUGACAGACAGAAUAGCCCACAGUGUGACCGACCUGAGCCGGAACAGACUGGACCAAACUAGCCCUGACACUGCUGACAAAGGGAGGUGGGUGAAGGUGACAGUGGCGGUGGGGGAGGAGACUGAAGAAGGAGUGGAGGGACGGAGACUGGCAACAGACUCCGAUGUUAAAUCCUUAGAGCAACCGGGGAGGGUCACUGGUUGAUGGUAGGUUUAAUCAGUGAAAAUCCCCUUUUAAUAAAUGCAGGAAUGUAGUCAUGGAAAAUUCAAGUGAGUAUCAGAUGUUAAAACUGCUUUGAAUAAAAAUGAUAAGGUUUGCAUAUUAUGCUCUUGUAUCAGCAGUAUUGGAAGCAUUUGAAAUGGUUUGUGACUUCCUGUCAGACAUCCAACUAUUGGUUGCUAGGCGUUCACAAACUUUAUCUGAAGUUAAGGGCUGGACAGGUAGCGUAUAGCUCUUGUUUUGUAGAGCUUUCUCUGAAAACAAUGUUGAUUUAUGCAGAUGCAAAUCAAAACAGAAAAAACAAUGGGUCAAAUCAAAACAAUGAGCUGAAAAACACUGCAAAGAUCCUUAAAACUCAGGAUUCAAGAGAUCAAUAUCAGGAUUCAUUUAUUGCACUUCCAUUCACAUUAUACAUAUUUUACAUAUUGCAAUAUGAAAUGUUGCUAAUGUAAAAAUAUUUUAAUCAACCCAGAAGUAGCACAUGGCUUUCAUCAAGGUGUUUUCUGGUUAUUCUCCCAGUGCAUGCUGGGAUAUCUUUCCUCCCACUGAGACCCUGAUCAGAAAUAUCUGUCCAUAAAGAAUGGACUGGACUUAGAGGAGGGUUGUAGAAGCUUCAUUGUGUGACUUGGCUUUAAGUAAAUAGAUACAUAAAUGGGGGAACUGUUCCUUUAAGAUGCCACAGCUGCUGUGUUCAACUCCCCAGGAAGUUAUUAGCAUGUAAUUACAUCUGACUGGUCCUUUAGAAAGAUGGCAUGCUGGGACGGCAGGAUGAUAUUUGGACCACACUGUCAUUAGCAUCACACGUGUCGCCGAGCACACGCACACAGGAAGUCAUGGGAGGUCUUGAGGAGAUUGUAGAUGGAAACAUUUUUAGGUGAUUGAUAGAUAGAUAGAUAGAUAGAUAGGUUUUCACUUGUGCUUAGGGAUGAACAAUUAAUCAUUUUCAAAUCAUAAUGUGAAACAAAAUGCUAUUUUAUUUGCAAAUUGUUUCAAGUGAAUGAGAUGUAUGAUGUUAAAGAGUAAAGGAUCUCAUGAUUUCCUGAUUUGAAUUUUUAUUAUUAUUGAUUUAACAUAGUCACAGCUUUUGUUAUUAUUCUAGUUUUUUUAUUGUUUAGGUUCAGUACCAUGUCUUGAACUCAAAUCUUGUUGGUUUCUCUACAAUUUUGUCUAUGUACAGUGCCUUGAGAUGUAUGUAUGUUGUGAUUCGGUGCUAUACAAAUAAAAUUUAAUUGAAUUGAAAGUCAAAUUUGCAGUAUCUUAGAUAUUUACCCUAAAUUAUUCAGGCCUAAUUUAAAAAUCACUUAGGUAGUAAUUUAUAAUUCAUUGUUUUUUCUGACAUCUACAUAUACCCAACCUUUAAAUUCUAAUCUGAGAAAAGUAUUAGUGAAAUCAUGAAAUCAGUUAGCAGUUAACACAGGAUGGAGAACCGUGAUUUGACCCAGUGUUAAUCUGAGUCUCCUCUUUCUGCCUUGGUGUCUUGACUGUGUUUCAGGUCGAUUAAAUCGUUGACCACCAUGUGGCGACCAAAUGUGGAACUCGUGAUGUAACUGUCUGCGUGUGAUGUCAUCACAAAGCGUCAGGGACUUUGGAGUUCCACUGUUAGAGGCACUGAUGUGAGGUGCAGAUGCUGACAUUAAGAGGAGUGCCAAAGCUGGACUUGAUGCAUUGUUCUUACUACUAUUAGUACACUUUAAAAACACACAAAGAGAUGUACGCUUGUAAAUAUUUUUCUGUAUUACAAAAAAAAUGUUUGUACAGUUUUACUUCGCGGGCAAGUUUUGUUACAUUUUUAAAAACAAGUCUGACGGGUUCCCCAAAACUUUUUUCUUUAUCUUGUCAUUGGUCCAAGUUCAGAGUGUAUGAUAAUCAAUUUCUUGCUGAAAAUGUAGUCCUUUUUUUCUUUGGAAAAUCCUUCUUACGCACUACUCUUCAUGAGCAGUCUUUGAUGGCACUUGCAUAUCUACCUGCUGUAAUGAUAGAUGUUCUUAUGAUAGGUCACCUCAUUUCACACUGUAACUUUUUCUUUUCUCCGGUAGCAACAACAUUCACGCUGGUGAAGGUGAACAUCACUCACGUGUGUUUUAGAGAAGGCAGUCAUGAAGAAUGAGCAGUGGCUGAAACAGUCACUCAGGCAGACAAGUCAGGAUGAACAAACUGCACUUCCCAACUUAUUUCUUCUGGUUUACGCAUCAGCACCCAUUUCACAAAACCAUACAGAAUGUUCUUUUUAAUGAAACUGUGUUUGAUCGCACCACGCUGCCUUUCAGCUCUUACCUGAAGUUUCCUGUCUGCCUCGGUUGUGGGUCGAGUACAGAAAUGUGAACUUGAAAAUGUUUCUUGACUGAACUUCCUCAAGAACAUCUGGGUGGUGACAGUGGGAAUGUGGCACAGGGGAAAUGGCGAAAGCUCCUUUUUCUUUGACCUAUUUUCAAGAAAUGGAUCUGUGAACACACAGGAACUCUUAACUCUUCUCUCUCUUUCUCUCAGCUUUGUCCAUCUAUUCCAAGCAGCACAGAGUUUGCGUGAUUCCUGUUCUGUCAGUUCAUGGUGACUUAAUAUCUGGGCUUGUGAAUCUGUCGCCUGGAUAAACGAUGAAAACUAUGCUGAUACCGUUUGGAGUUGUUGGCUAUUACCUCUUCGGCUACAGCUGUCACGAACUGCUAAGCAUGUGCUUCAACGCCUUUCAUUUUUAAGGCACUCAUUUCCACACAAGAUUUUUAAAGGGAUUUUUUUGUUUUUUCAUGGGUCAAAUUGCAAUUUGUUGCAGUAUUUGUACCAGUGAUUAAAAAUGGGUUGAGUUCCACUGUCACCUAGACUUGACGAGCCUUGUUUGAACCAGCAGGCUUAUGGCUGUUUGCUGGCUGAAUGUCUGCUGCUGCUGCUGCUGCUGCGUCCUUAGUUUCAUGCUCAGACACGUUUCUGGGCGACUGUACAUUUGUUUGGCUAAUAGGGAAUACUGUUUGCAUUUUCAUUUUCUACUUAAUGUCUGCUGUAACUCAAUAAACAUACAACUGACUUUAAAAACUCCA